CACGCGUGUACCCCGCGGGGCAAAACCCGAAAGCGGAAGCAGCGGAAUCAGAUUUGGCCCUCAGCUGCUGCUGCGAGCGAUAACCGGAGCGAAACCGAACAAGUAUAAAGAACGAACCGGUCCCAUCAACAACCCCUCAUACACUCCCCUCUCGAAACUCCCUUCCAGCUCACAAUCAACUCUUCUCUCUACCACCACACAUACACGCCGGAACGAUCGAAACGCUAGCCAAGAUGAAGUUCGCUACUACCCUUGCCCUCCUCGCCUCGGUCGCCAUCGGUGCCAACGCCCAGACGACCCCCUCUCAGUGUGUCUUGACAUGCUCUCAGCAAGCCGCUACUACCGCCGGAUGCACCAGCUUCGCCGACCCUUCGUGCGUCUGCACCAACGUCGCCUUCCAAAAUGCCGCUCAACAGUGUCUCGUCGCCAACUGUACCGCCGAGGAACAAGCCCAAGCUUUGAGCUUGCAAGCUACUCUGUGCCCUAACGGUGCCGUCUCGGGUGUCUCCUCGAUCAUCCCCAGCUCGAUCUUGACCCAGACUUCUAGCGUCGCCUUGCCCACCGGUGCCGCCGCGUCCUCCAUCUCGGCCUCGGUCAUGAGCAGCAUGGAAUCUGAGUCGAGCAUGAUGAGCAGCAGCGCUGCUGCCGCAUCCUCUACAGCCUCGUCCUCUUCGCAGGGCGUCGUGUCCUCGAUCGCCUCGUCCGCCUCGGCGGCUGUCUCUUCCGCCGUCUCUGGCGCUUCGAGCAGGGUUUCCAGUGUCACCGGCAGCACGAACACUGGCGCUGCCGCCCCUGCCGGCUCGACCUCGGCCCCGGCCAACGGUGCCAGGCAGGUCGAGGCCUGGGGAAUGGGAGGCAAGGUCGUUGCCGGUGUCGUUGGGCUCGUGGGUGUCGGUGGAGUCAUGGCCUUUGGGUUCUAAACGGUGCGAGCCGUGCCCCCAUUGCUUUCCCCGUUUUCCCAAGCGGGUGGUCUACCGGCCGUACUUCUUCGCUACGCCAAAGCGAAGUGAAGCGGGUAUCGGUCCGGGAUUGAAUAUGGCUUGUGUUCCUUACGUCUUACGUCUCUUUUCUUAUAUUUUGGGCAGCUCAAUGUGGUGUGCCAUUGACUUGUAAUCGUGGUAUCUUUCGAACCGGAAUGACGAAAAGAAAUCUGUCUCGUAUGCGUUGGAGUGGCUUGAAUGGCCGGCCAUCCAGCUAUAUCGGUUGCGCAACGUCGACCUUGGAUGUUCGGAACAGGGUUCGGACAUCUGCAAAGCUGCAGACAUCAACAAAUUGGCAAGUGGCCUGAUCAUACUGCAUCCCGAACGCGACCUUGAGCGCCACGUAUGGGACGGGUCGACGAAAUCAC